UCUACUUGUGCGAGCAGGCAUGGCGGCCUCCAUUGGACGGGGCUGUGGAACAGCAACAGGCCUGACCCGGAGCCUUGCGGCUGCCAGGGCGCUGCUCCCUGUGCCGGCCUCUGUCGCCUGCCGGACCAGCGCGGGGCCGGGCCGUCAUCAGAGCACUGGACCUUCCCAAUCCGGCGCUUUCCAGCCGCCUCCAAAACCCGUCAUCGUGGACAAGCGCCGUCCCACGCGCGAGAAAACCAGAUUCUUGAGUCCUGAAUUCAUUCCUCCAAGAGGGAGAACAAAUCCUCUGCUAUUUCAAUUAGAAAGGAAAGAUAUGUUAGAAAGGAGAAAAGUACUCCACAUUCCAGAGUUCUAUGUUGGAAGCAUUCUUCGUGUUACUACGGCCGAUCCAUAUGCCAAUGGAAAAACCAGCCAGUUUCUGGGGAUUUGCAUCCAGAGAUCAGGAGCAGGACUUGGAGCUACUUUUACCCUUAGGAAUACUAUUGAAGGGCAAGGUGUUGAGAUUUGUUUUGAACUUUAUAAUCCUAGAAUCCAGGAGAUCCAAGUGAUCAAAUUGGAGAAACGGCUAGAUGACAGCUUGCUCUACUUAAGAGAUGCCCUUCCUGAAUACAGCACUUUUGAUAUUAAUAUGAAGCCAGUAGUACAAGAAUCUAGCGAAGUUCCUGUUAAUCAGCUGAAAGUGAAAAUGAAGCCUAAGCCCUGGUCCAAACGCUGGGAGCGACCGAAGUUUAAUAUUAAAGGAAUCAGGUUUGAUCUUUGUUUAACCGAAGAGCAAAUGAAAGAAGCUCAGAAGUGGAAUAAGCCAUGGCUUGAAUUUGAUAUGAUGAGGGAAUAUGACACUUCAAAAAUUGAAGCUGAAAUAUGGAAUGAAAUUGAAGCAUCGAAAACGUCUUGAUCUGAAAAUGUAUUUAGCUCCUUGCAGGGAGUAUGCUGACUGUUAGAGGAUUUUUUGAGACCAAUUUAAUUUCAAAUGUAAGGACAUAGUUAUUAAAUGAACCAAGCAUUCGUUAUUUUAUGAAUACUAUUUUUAAAAAAAAUUAAAAUUAGUACAUCUGUUUAUUACUUUAAAAGGAGAAAUAUACAUGCCAGGUGGUCCAGUGUCUAUUCUGUUACUGGAGGCAAAGCUAAAAUAGAGUUAAACUACUACAGAAUCCUCAUACAAAAUCUGAACAAGGAAGCAGGUACACAGCCCUGACUAGUGGAUGUGUCCCCUCAGGCAGGCACAGCCCCGCCCACAUCUGCAGUCCGUAGCACCAGAGCAAUGCAGGUGGAAUGUGCUGUCUCCAUCGGAUAGGAUGUCACCAGAGAUACCCAUUUCCACUCACCAGUACUCAUCCCUUCUUCCGGUGAAGCAAAGUGGAGCAAAGGCCAGUGGCCAGGCAGGACAUGUGUACUGUCCUCUGGAGCACCAUGGCAGGGCAUAGUCACCUCGGGAGGCACUGGGGGCAGAGAACAGGGUAUCUGACCCCAGCCUCUCUGGGUCUGCCAAGCCGCUCUCCUCCCCACUUCCAAAUCCCCCUGACCCAGUCCCCAGGAGCCAGGCCAGGAGCCCACAGCUGUGGGGGCUCUGGCUUCAUGGGCAUUGUCAGGUCUCCACGUCCAUUACCCUUGGAGGAGACCGAAAACAGUCUCUAAAACCUUAAUCGGACCAUGUCUCUUCCCUGCUUAAAAUGUU